UGGACGUAUAUUGCCUUGAUAACAGUUGAAAUAAAAAGAUAAAAAGCAGCAUGUACUCAAGUAGUGUAUGUUAAUAAGUGAAUAACGUAGAAGAAGCAACGAAAAGAAAGAAAAAAUACAGUAAAUUGUGAUGAGUAAAAAAUAAAAGGUUAGACAUGAGCUGCAAUGGAGGCCUGCCUGAAGUUGCUACAGCUACAGCAGCAGCAGUAGCAGAGCAACAUCAGCAGAGGAUCCCUUACUCUAUCCCUAGCAGUUCAGACAACGGCGACGCUGGAUCGGCUGGAUCGUUAUCAUCAUCAAUGGAUUGUACGCCAAUUGUCACCUGCGCAGGAGACAUAAAACUGUUGAAUACUCUGGCAGACAAUUUGGUGAAAUCUAUUCCUACAGACUCGGUUGAAUGGAGAAGGUCGUUUGACAGACCAAUUAAACAAGUCAAACUUUGUGCUUCAUUUGUUCCUUUUUCGCAAGAUGUAUUACCCUCAGAAAAAGACUGUCAUCUCAUCAAAAGGCCUAUUUUUCACAUUUACUGGAGUGAAUGCUCGGACGUUGAUGUAUACAAGGCAUCGCUAAAAGACGACAUAGACUCAUGGUUUAAAACAUUGGCAAAAGCAAAAAUUCAAGAUUGGAUGAUAGUUUUGGUGGAAACAUAUGACAUAAAAAAAAGUAAUAAAUUAUUACCGAGAACAACUGUCUUAGACAAAAUACGUAGUGAUUUUGCUGCGAAACAUGGAGACAGAUGUCUAUCAAUCAUCAAUCCAAUAAAGUCCGAAUCUCGAUCAGCUGAGUCAUGGAGGGGCUUAAUAACCAGAAUAAGACACUUGAUGCUUACUGCUUACGAUCGAACUCUAUUGAAAUUCGAAGAGAUAAUAAGAGAACACCGAGAGAAAAGAAACCAGCCUGGCUGGAAUUUUUGCCAUUAUUUUCUACUGCAGGAAGAACUAGCUUUUGUAUUGGAAAUGUUAGGUUUAUAUGAUGAAGCAUUAGUACAAUAUGAUGAAUUAGAUGCUCUCUUCACACAAUUUAUUUUAAAUUCGAAUGUUGGAGACACUCCAGCAUGGUUGAGCUCAUUUCAAAGCCCAUUGAACAAAUGGUCUGGAGUAAAGCUUAACACGAGUGUAGAUUAUCAAACGAGGAUUGCGAUAGCCGAAUGCAAAGCUUCGUUGUUAGACCUAAGAAGUUAUUUGUUUAGCAGACAGUGCGCUAUGUUACUUUCAUUGAACAAACAUUGGGAAAUUGCCCAGCGUUGCUUAAGUUUCGUUCACGAUACAAUAAAUGAAUUGCGUAUACUCGAGAUUCAACGACCUGAAGGCUCAGUCGAGUGUUGGGCCUUUUUGUGCGCACUCGAAGUGUUAAAAGCGUGCCAAUCGUCAAACGUAACCAUUGAUAAUAGUCAAUUACUGGACUUGUGUUCACUGCAUACAGCCACCUUGUGGGCGCUCGCAAGAGACAAGCUUGAGAGCCUGGGCAAGCUUUGCGGCCUGAUGCCUGGAAACGAGCCAAUAAGCGAACAGCUGCACACAGUUGUAUACCUCAUUGCGGGCAUGGGUGAUUCCGAGCUCAAAAAUCACGAUCCUAAGCAGCUUACACCCACGGAUAAACUAAAGGAAGCUCUGUCGUCUAAGGAGGCUUUUAAAAAGCAAUACUUACAUCACACCGAAUUGGCAAUGGGUACAUACAAGCACGUGAAACGCAAUAGAUCGGCUCGGUUGAUCGGCAAGGAGCUUGCGCGCUUUUACAGCGACUUGAACGAAAAUCAAAAAGCCGUUGUGUUUCUACUGGAUGCUCUUCAGACUUACACGAGCGAAGGCUGGACGCACCUGGCAGCUCAAACGCAACACGAGUUGGCCCAGUGUUACAAAAAAAUGGACGACGUCGAGCGGUACACCAAAAUAUGCGCAACGAUAGCCAGUAGCCAAGUUCUGCAUCUCACGAUUCGCAACUCGUACCUGGAUGAGAUGCUCGCUUAUACAAAAAUGCUCAAAUGUACCGAGCCGCUUUUGACGGAUAUGGCCAAUAGUUUUGUCGUUGAGGACAUGGAGGUCAGUGUUACGGAUAAGGUCAUUCAGGAUUGCGAGGUGAAGGUGAAAACUACACUGAAGAGUUUGCUGCCUAGGCCAGUCACGUGUACAAGAGCUGAGCUUUCGGUCGAGGAGGUACAAAAGCCCAACGUUAAGAGAAAAGGAGCUAAAGGCACUGAAUCGAUUAUUGAAGUAUUACUCAAGUGCCGGAUCGAGGACAGACAACCAAGUGAUCCGUGUCUGGUUGAGCUGCCCGUGACACGACAGUUGAUACUUCAAGAAGAUCGCAGUAUCGGCUCGGCAAACGUGCAAGUCGGGAAAAGCACUAGGUCAGUGGUAAAGCGUUCCGAUAGUGUAAAACUACGCAAGCCCUCGACCAGUGCAAGUACCAAGGGAGAUUUUGGCAGUGCUCUCAGUACCGGUGUAGAAGAGAUAAUUCUUCAACCAGGCCUUAAUACAUUGACUCUGACAAAAAGAGUUGAAAAACCUGGUUACUACAGGGUAAACCAGUUGUCUGUAAUUGUAGAGGAGAAGCUGGAAUUUUUGUCUUCAGUACUUCAACCGCAACUGUGCUAUUCAGUAGCCAAAACGCAACCAACCAUCGCAUUGAAUUGCACAAGAGAUUUACUAGCAGGGCUGGUUCAAAGUAUUGAGCUUGUGAUAUCCAGUGGUAGUAUAAGGAUAGGUGAGGGCUCCAAGUUAAAGUUAAGAACAUUGAGGGGCUUGACGUUGUCCACAAUGGAUGAUGGUCAGAAAACUAGCAGCGGAGUGAGAGAGAUCGAGGUGACAAUACCAAAGUGCGAACCGUUCGACACGAUAACGCUUAAACUUAUGGUUUUGGCGGAAUUGCCGCCAAAAAAGGACUCGUCAUCUAUGGAGCACAAGUUAAACAUACAAUGUCCAUGGGGUGCAGAGGAAAGUAUAACUUUGUACUUUGGCACUCCGUUGAUGUCUACGAUGAAGCUACACACGGCCAAGCGACGAAAGUUUGUGCAGAUAGUAGUCAUCGGAUUGGCAAAACAGUUGUUACAGCUAACGGAUCCUCGACUGACGAGUGGCACAUCGGCUGACGUUCAAUUUCGUAGUUUGAAUCCAACGGCUGGUCAGAAGCUCAUUAUCGGCAAUGGCAUGUCCGUGUCCUUUAUGUGGGAAGUUGAGAUCGGCAACGAGGACGAACGAUCGCCCAUUCCUAUCAAAACAGAGUUCCGUGUUAAAUAUAUUGCCAUCAAGGAUAUCGAGGAUGUCGAUGAAAGUAAUAGCGACGAGGCGAGUAAAAGUGUUGUCGAUGAUCCUCUGCACAUAAGAGACUUGGAAAAGGUUGAGAAGGAAAGUAACGUCUACUGGUGCAAUUUCGAUGUUACAGACUACUCGACGCUGUUCAUGGUCUCGUCGAAAGUUGAAGCCAUAGGAAGUAGUGGCGAGUUUUGUCGGGCAGGAAGUAUGUGUCAUCUGUGCUUGACAGUCACCCGCAUGCAGCAACAUCAGCACCACCAUCCGCCACCCCAACUUAUGUACGAGGUGUUGGCUGACCAAACGAUGUGGGCUGUGUGUGGACGCACAGCUGGUAUUGUGUCUCUUGAAGUUCAAGAAAAACAAAGCGUAGCACUUGAUGUGAUGCCGUUGACGAGUGGAUACCUUCCUUUGCCUGUCGUCCGGUUAUCCAGAUAUAUUCCAGCUGCUGUUGAACUCAAGAAUGGAACUGGUGUUGGUCCAAGACUAGAGCCAUUCAGAACAGGUCAGGUGUAUAACGCUAGCAAGGCUCUGCAAAUUCACGUGCUUCCAGCUGCUCCGUUAACCACAGAAUGAAGUUUCAACGUUAAUAUUAUUAGUUUUGUGUUUGUGAAAUAUUCAGAUCGAUAUGACUGCACAGACAGAGCUUUCAAGGCUUUAAUUUAUUUGUUUUAACAUUAGAUUUUUUAAUGAUCUAACGUGUUUUUUAAAAACUUGGAGCAAAACCCAACUUGAACAUUAGUUUUUGAAUAUAGUUUUUUCUUAUUUAGUAAAUUUAGUUUACAAAGAAAGGAAGAGUGAAGCUGAGAAAGCAUUUAGGUUUUGUAUGUAUUCAUUUACUGAGUAUUAAAAAUCUUGUUGCCAUUCUGCGUUGCAAAUAUUGUUUAUUGUUGUUUCUUUUAAAGUUGAACAAACUUUCUCUUUGUUGACUUUAAUUUACAAUGGAUAAAACAUGUUAAUGUAUGAUUAUCUGUAAAUAUGUAAAAGAUUUGCAUAUACAUGCUGGUAGGCUAUAUAUGGAAAAAUUAUAGUACAUUUCUUGUCUUUCAAUGUACAUAUAAAGAUAGUUUGUAAAGAAAAAAACACAAAGCUAUGUGAAGAUAGUUGAUAGAGAUGUAAAUACAUGAACCAAUUGUUAAAUAUUGUUUUUAUUUGUAAAAUUAUUUUUAUUUAGUUAUCUGAGCUUUGAA